CAACAAUUUCUUUCUUUUCUCUACAUAGGAGGUCUACUAAGCUAAACCUAAAUGUGAUGUUCAAGAAAUGAAGCGUUUUUGCAAGCAUCACUACUUUGAUUACCUCUUGUUGCUGCACAUAGAGAUGCCAGCAAAGUGAAGAAAAGACAAGCGCUCUCUGCAAUCCAGCAGACAAAGUUUGGGGAAAGACUUGACUUGAAAGAGGGCGUAGAAGAUCAAGCACAGGAUGUUUCCUAGUAUCCAUGCUGGCAACCAAUGCAGGUGUACUUUUGACUCAAAGGGACAGUUCACCACAAAUCUGGAUUUAGCCUUAGCACGAAAUCAAGUCCAUGCAUCCCAGCAACCCCGAAGCCCUCCUGAAAGAGAAUGCUGGAUAAGGCAGCCUCCUGAUUUUAGCUAUAGGCUCUAUAUUUCUCCCAGCCGGCUCAGGAAGCCACUUGGAAAGUCAAAAGAGCUGAAGAAAAAGAAGAAGACAACCACAGGUACACUGUGCGAAGAGUUGCACAGAAUCAGGUCCAGAUUGUUUCUCCAAGUCAUGGAACAGGAGGCACCACGUGAGAUCAUCACACGUUUUCCUCGUGUGGGCCCCUAUGAAGCCCAACUAUUGUUUGUGAAGAAUGGCAAGUUUAAAAGCGGCAAAUACCAAGAUCCCAAACCAUAUGACUAUAGACAGUAUGAAUCUGAUAUACCAAACUUUGUGACAAGCUAUGUGCGAGACCCUUUGAAUAUAAAAUUCAAAUUACAGUGUUUAAGCAAAGUCCAUGGACUUCAUCCUCUGACAGAAGAAAAAAGGGAACCCACGGGAAAAUUCAUUACCUACAAGCCUCGAGAACUCAAAUGGGAUUCAAGGUUGAUUCUACCAAAGGAACCUUGGCCUGCUAAACCUGGUUCCUUUACGAGGCACAGAGGUCCGCGAGGUGCACACAGCGCCUUUAUAGAACGUGUGGAGGACACAUUAAGCAAGCUGUGGCAGGAAGAGGCAAACCAGAGGCAGGCGAGAAGCAGAAGAAAACCAGGUGGUACAAGGCAGAAAAGCCCAGGUGUUCCAGGCGAGAGGGGCUAUGAGAUGGAGGAGGCCAGGAGGCAGCAAGGGAAAAGUCUGCAGAAGGCACCGCUUCCUCAGUCAGCAUCCAGUGGAGCGCUUGGAUGGGGGGUUACAGAACAGACCAAGCUCGGACUGCAUCUCAAGCCAGAGCCAUUGGGCUUCCUGCUGCCAAGCGGCAUAGCCCAGAGUGUUGCGGAGCUGAGGUAUAAGUAACGAAGGACCAUUCUGCAAAAUGCAGGAGACCUUGGAGGUAUCAUGUGACCAUUGCUAUUCUUCCUGAAUAAACAUUUGGGGCCAACAGCAUGCAGAGCACUGCAGGAGCAUUAAUUUCUAACCCACUGGCUCAGAGAACAUAACCACUGUAAAAAUAUUACGAACCUACUCAAGUACAUUAAAUGAUCACUUUAUUUAUAUAACACUGUCCAACACCAGAUGGCACUCAGAAUGAUUUGCUUGAAAUAAUACAAUAAAAUAAAUCAAACCAAGUUCAAAAGUGGAAAUGUAGCUAGAUGGUUUUUUGUUUUUUUUUAAUUGCAUUUUCUGUACUGGGGAAAAUAGGAUUUUCUUACCAUUGAGGCACUACCUUGAGAGAAGACACCUGAAUCCUGCACAGAAACAACUGAAAUUACUGUGUGGAAAAUAAAAAUCUGGAAAGGCCCUGCAUGACGUGCUAAAUCAUACCUGAAAUCGUUAGGACAGAUUACAGACUUUGAAUAAAGCAAAGUGAACAAAGAAAAGCAUAUAGUGUGAUGAACUGGAGGAGCAAGCUAGAAAGAGGCAAAAGUAAAUUUGCAAAUGAAUCUCACAAAAUAUUCUCACGCAGGUUUCUGAACAAUAUGAUUGCAAUUGUCGUUAAUGGCUUUUGGAACAAAAUGGGCAUUAUUCAUCCAAGCUAUCUCAGUCAAUGAAGAUUGUGUUGCUCAUUAGGGGGUCUGAUAAACAUACAGUGUAAUAUAACAACUUGGGCUUGGGUCAGGUGACUCUGGCACACCAUACACCCAAACUGUAUGAUAUGUGCUUAUAGGAAAGAGAGACUGCUGCAGUUAAUGUAUCUGCCCUUUGGAUACAGGAUCACCUGUGUAUGCAUAGCAUUCACCAGAGAAUGAAAAAGUUCUCACAGCUUCCUGAAUAAAGGGCACCCAUUGGUGAAUCUGAGGUGAUUCCCCUGGAAAACUAAGUCACAUGCUCCUAAAGCACUCACCCGUGUGAAAGGCUGUGUCAGCAACUGCUGUUUGUGUCUAAGCCCUGGAAUUCCCUGCAGCCAUUCACAGCACAGUGCUUAAUGUGGGUCACCCAUGAAGAUGUUCAUCAUGUAGAAGUUUCAGUGAACUUUAAACAUUACAGCCCCACCCCAAAUAGUUUUCCUUCUCUGAGACCAACUAGCAUGCUUUUCCUAUAUUCUGCUAAUUGUCCAUUUUCGGUUUCUUAAUCCCCUUUUAAUGUUUUCACGUUGGCUGUGGAGACAGACAUAAUAAGUAAAUUGUGUUGCUGAGUCUGUAUAGGCACAUAAUGAGUCAGGAUUGUUGGGAUGAUACAAGAGAGAUUGUUUCUAUACAUUUGUAUGCAUUUAACCGGUCUGCUCCAACUUUGCAUGGGGAAUUUUUAAUUGUAAACCACCCAGAGACAGUAUAAGCAGUAUAAAAAUAUGUUAAAUAAAUAAACAAACAAAUAAACAAAAUGUCCUGUCAGCUAGUGACAGUGGCACAUCACAGGUUCUGAUGGUGUGCUCUUUUUGCCCCUUUCAAAGCACUUGAUAUAGUUUGUCACCUCUAGGACCAAGUUUUAAAUCAGCAUGGAUUUAAAAAUACAGACAAGAACAUUAACAGCAAGUCAAUUACUGACCAUUACCAUUUGGAAUUACAAAGUCAGUUUGGAAUUACAGAGUUUAGAAUUACAGAGCCAGUGUGGCCUAGUGGUUAGAGUGCUGGACUAGGACUGGGGAGACCUGAGUUCAAAUCUCCAUUCAGCCAUGAAACUAGCUGGGUGACUCUGGGCCAGUCACUUCUCUCUCAGCCUGACCUACCUCACAGGGUUGUUGUGAGGAGAAACGUAAGUAUGUCGUAGACUGCUCUGGGCUCCUUGGAGGAAGAGAGGGAUAUAAAAUGUAAAUAAUAAUUUAAAAAGUCUAAAGCAGUUGUUUGUAUCAAUAAUUCAUCCACUACAUUUUUGACUGGACUGCUUGUUUGACCUUUAGAUAUGUGUGGACUUCAUUAACAGCAGUUUUCCUAACAUGAAAUCAGCCAACCGUUUUAACAGCAGUUUUGUAACUUCCAAGGCCAUUUCCGCUUGGUCCCUGGAGUCAACCACAAUCAGAAAAGGAAUAGAGAUUUGAUUGUAUUUUCCAGUAAAUGUGCUUAUUAAUAUCUGGAAACAGGAAUCAGGGUAAAGCUUUGAUGCAAAACGGACCUUCCUCAGCACUGCAUAACGUUUUAAGUAAUUUUGCUUGGGCUGCUUCCUACCAAACAAGACUUGCUUCUGAAGCUGCUCUCAGCACCUCUAGACUGUUUUGGGUUAGGAAGGAAACUCUGAAUUCCUCCUCAUUCCUAAGAGAGCAGAGGCAAAUUCCCUGAAAAUAUCACUUGAGCCAAUUGGAAAUAGAACUGUUCCUCUCUUAUCUAAGUGUUGAUUGACUGCAUGAGGCCCUGAUCCAGUAAAAAUCAACAGAAAGACCUAGCAUUGAGUUUCAUGGACUGUAAAUCUGCCCUUUUGUUUUCAAGAUGUAGCUAUAUAAUCAAACUCAUGUUGGACUUCACUUCAAAUGGAAACAGUAAUCCAACGUGUGUGGUGCUUUCUUACCAAGAAGUUCUCUCUUAAGACGGUUUAAGCACUUUGUGCUUGCCUGCCUAAACAGGCUGUUAACAUUCAUUACAUAAAAUAUCCUUUGGGGAAAAGACGUUACACAACAAGGAUUGGAAUAAAUUAGGUGGAGCUGGCACAAUUGCAAUUUACUCAGUUCUAGCUAUUCCAGUUUCCAGUGGUAGAAUAUUAAACAUGAUUUUCUUCCUGGCCACUUCGCUCAUGCUGAUUAUUACUUCAGAUUCAGAACAUGAAAUGUGACCACAAAUAAGUGGAAGUAUUCUGAAGCCAGUUCUUUGAGAAUUGUCUCAAUUCCUGAUAAUGUUUUUGCUAAUGAAUGUAUACAUAGAAAUCAUUUCACCUUUGAAAGUGGUGGUGUUCUUAUAUUUAGCAGAGGGAGAACAACCUCACUGGCUCCCUGUCCAUUCCUGGGCCUAAUUCAAAGUCCUGGUUUUAACCUUUAAAGCCCUUAACAGCUUGGGACCAGGUUACCUGAGAGAACGCCUUGCCACAUUUGUCUCGACUGGGACCUCAAGAUCUUCUUUGGAAGCCCUGGCUGCUCCAAGUACCCCUGCCAUACAAGGUGAGGUGGGUGGCUACUAGGAAGAGGGCCUUUGCAGUCCUAGCACUCCAUUUAUGGAAUCGCCUCCCAUUACCAGAACCUAAGGGGUAUACUCGUGGGUCAAAUGGGCCGUAAGCCAGAAUUUGGCUUUUUAAAAGCCAAAUCUGGCCACCUAGCUCCACAGUGAGGUUUGCCUGGUGCUAUCACUUUGUUCAUUUGGAGGCCAGAUGAAGACCUUUUUGUUCACUCAAGCUUUUAAAAAUUGAUUUUUUAAAAAGUUUUAAAAAUAUUUUGUCUUGUAUUUUGUAUUUUUUGUUUUGUGUUGUGAUUUGUUUGUCAUAUUUUAUGUAUGUGUGUGUUUUAAUGUUACAGUAUUUAAUGUGUGGUGAGCCAUCCAGAUAAUUUGUUAUGGUUGAGCUAACAAAUAAAAGGUUUAUUAUUGUUA